AAAGCCUUGUCAUUUGAGGAGAGGACGAAGCUGUCAAAGAAUCCAACAGGAAAGAGAGUUUUUGAUAUAAUGGCUAAAAAGGAGAGCAAUCUAUGUUUGGCAGCAGAUGUUGGAACUGCGGCAGAAUUGCUUGAAAUUGCUGAAAAGGUUGGCCCUGAGAUAUGCCUGCUGAAAACUCACGUGGACAUAUUGCCAGAUUUUACUCGAUUUGGCUCUAAGCUUCGCUUGAUUGCAGAAAAUAACUUCUUUAUCUUUGAGGAUCGGAAAUUUGCUGACAUUGGUAAUACAGUAACAAUGCAGUAUGAAGGAGGGAUCUUCCAUAUAUUGGAUUGGGCUGAUAUAAUAAAUGCCCACAUUAUCUCUGGUCCUGGAAUUGUGGAUGGAUUGAAAUUGAAGGGUUUGCCUCGUGAGGGUCUCUUGCUUCUUGCUGAAAUGAGUUCUGCUGGUAACCUUGCCAAGGGAGAUUAUACUGCUGCUGCAGUGAAAAUUGCCGAGGAUCAUUCUGAUUUUGUUAUUGGCUUCAUCUCAGUCAAUCCAGCAUCAUGGCCAGGGGCACCCCUAAAUCCUUCUUUCAUUCAGGCAACUCCUGGCGUCCAAAUGGUGACUGGUGGUGAUGCUUUGGGGCAACAAUAUAACACACCAUAUUCUGUGAUCCAUGACAGAGGAAGUGACGUCAUAAUAGUGGGACGUGGCAUCAUCAAAGCAGCUAACCCGGCUGAAACGGCUCGUGAGUACCGUCUUCAAGGAUGGAAUGCAUAUUUGGCCAAGUGCACUUGAGGCCUCACUUCAAACGUUUAAUUGGAUGAGUCUAAUCUUUGUUUCUGUGACAUGUCUAAUUUCACUACAAACCCUAGAGGAAGAAAGCUCUUGGGUGAAAUAUGGUGUGCAAUAAUACUUCUGGACUAAUUUAAUGUGAGACCCUUGUGUUUUCAUGCUCA